UGUCCUUGGUAGCAAUAUUUAUACUUUUGUCAUUUCAGCGUUUGACUGAUAAGUACGUACGCUCGUACUCGUCAAAAGGUUUUUAUGUGCAAAUUAUCUGGUCAAUAAAUAUUUGAGCCAUCAUUCCGUGCUCCUUUUUUUAGUAAAAUGAACGCCUGAGCAUUUGUCUUUCCAGCUGUCAGGCGUCAGCUGACGCUCGAUGCAUUAACAUUACUAAUGGGGAGACCGGAAUCAAUACAAAAAUGUCAAAAUGCUGUUUGAUUUUCAAAAUAACAGCUGAUGUUUCUCAUAUUUAACGAAAUUGACAAAUUCAUGUGAACAAUGUAUCGAACCACAGUGGAAAACGAUAAAAACUUACUAAUUUUCUAUUAAACCACGCGUGCAGUUCAAAGUGAGAUUGAAAAUUCAUUGGAUUCACAUUAAAAACAAAAAUAAUGUUUAAAACUAAAACUACACGAUACUAGCAGAUAAUAGUGAAUGACACUAAACGGCGAAUAAACGUUUGUGGUUAUUAUCAAAGUUCCUAUCAUUAAUUGGAGGUAGAAAUCGAAAAAUGUAGGACGCAACCCUCUUACAGUAGCCUGCAUCAUAACUUAAUAACUUUAAUUAUCCUUCUGAAUCAUUUUUUAAAAUAAUUUGUAAUAUUACAUCAAAAAUUGUUCUUGUAGAACAUUAUAUCAAGAUGGAUUUCAUAGGUCUUCUAAUUGUGUCUAUUAUUUCAUGUCUAUGUGGUGUAUUAUUGACCUUAGCAUUCCAAUGGUAUAUUUUUAUGAAAUACCUUGAAACAGCACCACUCGCCAAUCCUCCGGAAAAGCCAAUCCCUCAUGGGCAAGCUGUACUACCUGAAGGACUUUUAAAUGAGAUAGAAAAUGAAAAAUUAAACUUUCAUAGCAGCAGUGGUACACCACGGCAAAGCUUGUCACAGGGUAAUGAGAACUUAGCAAUCAAUUUGACUCUACAAUUUUUAUUCAAUGAACUCCGAAAUGCUGAAAGAGUUCGUUCUUGGCUUUAUCGGAAACUCAAUAACGAGUUCAAAGUAUUGUUGACUAGAUCUACUACCGGAAAACUGUUUGACAGUGUUCAAUUGCGAGACUUACACCUUGGUAAUCAAUUUCCAACUAUAAAAGGACUGGAAGUAGCUGAUGCCAAGAUAGAUGCAGACACAGGAUUGUUGGAGACUUUGGAUUUAUCUUUGGAUCUCCAUUAUUGUGGAAAUUUCGAAUUGUCAAUAGAUGCCAAAAUGGUUCUAGGAAAGACGGCUUAUUUAGCUGUGCAAGUCAAACGAAUAACGGGAAGAGCUAGAUUACAGUUUACUCGUGUCCCGUAUACACAUUGGUCUCUCAGCUUUUAUUCUGAACCCAUCUUGGAAUUACAAGUACAAUCACAGUUUCAGGGCAGGCAGUUGCAGCCACAAAUUAUAUCCUUGAUCACAGGUCAGAUACGAAGAGCUGUUCGUAAGAAACACACUCUUCCAAGAUAUAAACUGCGCUAUAAGCCUUUCUUUCGCAGGCUCAAUGAUGAAGAUGUUGAUAUAAUUGAGGUUCCAAAUCGUCAAAUGAGCCCAGGAAGUCUAGAAGUUACACUGCUAGAAGUGAGUCGUCUGAAUACGAGUAUAAGUUUAUCUCACACUGAAGAAACUGCUCCAAUUGAAGUUUACUGCACAAUGAGCAUUGAUGCAACACCAUGGGUUUGCCUGACACAGUAUAGUGGGAUACCAUAUAUGGUUCUAGACUUGAUCAUUAGUAAAACUUCGCAUCAGCAACUUGGGGUUGUAUUCAAACAGGAUAUUAUUCCUGAAAUAGGAUCAAAUUGCGUCCUUGUGGAAACUAUUGUGUCAGGUAGCCCAGCGGCUAUUGCAGAGAUGCGUCGUGGUGAUAUACUGAUUGCUGUGGAAGGCAAAAAAGUUGUAAAUAUGAAUCAAGUCGCAAAACUUGUGAAGAGCGCUGCACAGAGGCGGUUCAUUAUUAGAGUUGAAAGAAAAUACACCGCAACAGACUGGGAGAAGCAGAAUUCCAUGAAAUCAGAGACUGAAAGAAUAUUGUUAGAUAAGGCUGUGGACAAAAAGUCUGUUAAGAGUGAAAAUUCCAAAACUGAUGGAUUAUCUACUGAGAAGAACACUGUAGAUGGUAAAAAUAGUAAAUUUGAUACUCCGAUUAAAUUUUCUGAAUUAAGGGAUAUGGAUUUUGAGCCACUGGAUCUCAGUGAUAAUGGUAAACUAUCUAAGAGAAGAGAAAGUGGUACUAACAGCAAUGGAGAUAUUCCGCAAACACCAUCAUGUCCGGAAUCACCGUCUAGAAGAAUUUCAACAAUUUCUACAGUUUCUAAUCAAUCGUUAAUUACCAGUAUUAGCCAAAUGUAUUCAACUGAUGACAACAACCUCCAUAAUAUGUCUGAUUUAUAUUAUACAACAAAAGAAAAGAGUAUAGCAUCACUGAUAUCAUUUGAUGAAACGCGUAGUUUCCAAAUUGAAUCCGAUCUCCAAUAUUUAAACCUCGGCGUUUGGGCUCGAGUGAGGGGUGGAGAAAUCCCUCCACUUCUCUUGGGGUACAUCAAUGCUCCAGUGAAACUGAUAUUAGCACAUUGUUCCGUAUCGACAAUUGGUCACUACCUUAAAUGCUAUGCUUUGCUUCCACCAGACACUGGUUGCAUUACUAACUCAAAUCUGAAGUUGCAAGGGUACUCUGGAUUUGACCCAACACUUUGCUACGGAGAUGUCUUGUUAUCUUUCACGUGGAAUGUCAUCGCCGGCCAGAAUAAUUUUAAUGGUGGUGAGACAAGCAAGAAAGAGAAUCCAGAAGUUGCGAAAGUCCCUCAUAUGCCGAAUAAUGAAAAUCCAGACAAAAAGUCGCAUGAUUUUAUAAGAACACAUUUUCAUAGAGCCACGCACUGCGACUUUUGCACAAAGAAGAUUUGGCUAAAAGAUGCAGUGCAAUGUCGGGAUUGUGGAAUGGUUUGCCAUAAAAAAUGUGAAACAAGGUGCCAGGCAUCUGGAGCAUGUGGCGCGGAAAGUCUAGCCAGUUUGGCAUAUGAAGCCGAUGAAAUGGACUCUAACAUAGGUGCCGGAGAGAGUGGACCUGAGAUUUCUCUCACAGGCUGUGACGAUCAUAUUCAGGGUGCGGGAAUGAUGGGUGUGAAAGCCAGCAUAACAAAUACACUCUUGGGACUGAAGAGAGCUGGGAGUGCAACUUGCUUGGCACCACCAAGUUCUGGUUGUGGACUCGCCUCGAGAAGCCUCCCACCUAGCCCUUGCUCCUCCCGUAAGAGUUCUCUUGUGGGUGGAUUGGGUAUAAGCACCAAUUUAUUAGAGGGAGCUGACCCGUCGAUAGUUACGCCACUAUUGAGCGGAGACUUGGACGAUGGACUCAUGUCUCGGGCCAAAGAUACAGGAAAACAUCUCUACGCAUACCUGGAACCUCAGGAAAGAGUUGAAAAAAUCAAUUCCAUGAUGGGUAAAUUGAAGACAGCCCUGGAUGUUGAGACCACUUCGAGGUUGAAAUCAUGUCAAAGCGGUGAAGUAGAUAGUGCUAAAUUAAUCGCACAAAGCGACUCACGAGUCCAAGCACUGAGUGUUCUGUUGUUGCACUAUUGUGCAGGCUUGCAACAUGCACAAGAAGCUGUGGACCGACCGGAUAUCCAGAAGGAUAUUUAAUUUGAAUCUCCACUUUGGUAUGAAGAACAUUCACUUCAAUUAUAGAUUUAUUCAUAUCUAUAAGAAUAACUGGAUUAUUUAUAGAUCACAAGAUUUAGUGCAAUUGCUAAUCGACUUUGUCUAAGAAUAUUGAAGAUAUUGGUCAACAAUUGAAUGUAAUCACGUUUGAUGAUGAAGAUUAUCAUAAUGUCAUGUGUGCUAACUUAGUGAAUUCACUAGGUUUUGGUUGAUACUUGUAUACUGUUUAAAAAUUUGAUUGAUUCGUAAGCACGAUAGAGACAAAUUAAACAAAUAAAUUAAAUUGAAAUAAAUGAAAAUUCUGAAUUAGCUUUCACGUAGCGUAUAGACACAAUUGCUAUUUUAGACACAUGAUUAUCAAAAAAAUUAUAGAUUACGUAUAUGUAAGUGUAUAUCAAUUUCAGCGGCAGGAUGAACAAAUUUGUACGUUUUAUAGGUAUUUCUUUUACACCAGUGGGCUCAAAUACGACUCAAAGACUAAAUACUCAUGUCUAUUAUUAAUAUCAUGCUUGUAAUUGAUGAUUUACCAGAAAACACCAAAGGCCAAGACUUAAAUAAAUAAUAAAUAAAUAGCAAUUAAUAUAAUACCUAUAUAUAAGUAUAUUCAUUAGGCGUAUAUACUCUAUGAGACAAAUUAUUUAUUUCAUUCUAGCUGCAUAUCCAAUGAUUGCUAAAUGUAAAUUCCAUAGGAUGUCGUGUAACAAAAGAAGUAAAAAUUUAUCAGUUGAGCAACUUUUUCCUUGCAACUGUGCUUACUCUGCAUUAUUGAUACUUCAUUUGCCACAUUUCGAUGUUUGAAUACAUACAUAUAUACAAAUGACGUGUUGUAAAUUUAUACAUACCCAGAAGCGGGUGCCGUGCACAACGCAACGAAAAAAGAUGUUCUGUACAGGCAUUGUCCGAUAUAUCAAUUAUUACUGAAUAACACAAAUAUACAUAUUAUAGUCUAGGAAUAGAAUAUACCUCGUUUAAUCAAAUUCUCUGCUAAUCUACUCCAUCCAUAGAUAAUACAAAAUAUUUAGGAACCAAUAAAUAAAUCAUGCGAUUCAAAGAAUAUAUAAAAAAUUUCCUCCUUUCUGUCUAUGAAGUGUAUUAUACUAUAGAUGUCACAUGAAUGCAAUUUUUCUCUCGUCAACUUUAUCGUAGUAUGUUAUUCCUCUGCAAAUACGGCCUAAAUAAAUACAUUUUCUUCCUUCAAAA